GUUGAAGGCAAUAAAGACAAAUCUGGACAGAAAAAAGGAAGUGUUGAAAGCCAUUUUAAAAAAUGUAAGUUUGCUUAAUAUACUUUUUAUUUUAGCCAAUGAUCACUGAAAGUACAGUGUGCAUUGGUGUGUAUAAAAAUGAAGCCAGCAUUAGGGUACUGAACCUAGCAUAAUGAUCCAAUACACCCUCACUCUUUUUUUAGCUAUCUGCUAUCCAUAUGCACAUGACAGUUGAAAAGCUACAUGUAGGGGUGUCAAAUAUCACUGUUUGACUACCCUAAAUUUGAUUAUAGUGUAAGUCAGUUGGGGCAUUAAACUAUAUAUUAUAUAUAUAUAUUAUAAAUAUAUCUGCAUGAUUUUGCUAAAAGGUGACUGCUAAGUUUUAGCUUGAACACGGGCAUUAAGCGCAUGUUCAAGCCAGAGUGGCUGGAGAAAAACCAGGGGGCUUGCCGUCUUGCUAGGUGUCAGCUGAGAGCACAGGCCUAGACCCAUCCAUGGGUGGGAGAUUUUGUCACUUUGAUUAGGGUUUUAUGUCAGAAAGCAGUGCAAAGUCAGAGAAUUUUUCCCGUGGCCUAGGCCAGCCAAAUCAAUGCGGUGACUCAUAAUCAUCUGUAACACUACUAGCAGAGCUUGGGGGAAGUGAUUGACUAGUCAUAAGCCUCAUGGGUGGGGAGGGUGAGUAAUGGCUCCUUGGACUUGGCCGUCUAGAGACUCAGUACAGGCACCUUGUAUGAAAUCCAGACAGAUAUAUACAGUUAUUAUAUUUUUGGGAAGCUAAUCAAAACAAAAAAGAAGGCUUUACAUCUUGCUAUUGGUUAAUCACUUGGCCCUAGUUGUUAAAAACGUGGUUAUAUCUAUAUAUAUUAGUAAAAUCCAACUAGUGGUCAAUUAUCAAUGCUGCAUUCUGAUUGGUUGAGCUACUACUAGGCUAUAUGUUAUAGCCCACUAGUAGCGAAGAGCGCCGGCUUUGAAAACCAAAAUAAUGGCGGCUGAAUCACGUUUUGCUAGCUAAAGUUGUUUUGUCUCGAUAUUUUUGACCAACUAGUUGGAUUUUACUGAAACAAUUAUUCCUCUCUCCCUCAUGGCCUCUGAGUCUGGCCUCAUGGGCUAUGGACUCAGAGCCCAUUCGGGCUCGCGGAAUUGUUAAUUGACAUUUGCAUAACGGGACAGGUUGAUAGACAUUAGUGUGCAGGGCUACAGUUUUACAUUGUGUAUUCAGGGUUCAUCACAAAUGUUAAAUACAACAUUUAUCGUCUAUUAAUAAUAAUUAUGCUCUGUAUUUUGAUUAUAUUGUUGUUCCAUAGCCAAGAAAGCAAUAUCUGAGGAAACUCAGCGGAUCAGUGCUGAGUUGGUCGCUGAGAUAACAGCACCACUAAACCUGGGCAAUGCCCAAGAAUCGGACAGCAUCGAAUCUAGCACUUUUGAAGAGUCAGAUGAUGAAACAUGGGGUUGUGUGGUGGAACAAGAGAGGCCACAAGUGGGGAUGAAGACCCCAAAGUCUUCUUUCCCCCCCAGGAAAUGCAUCAAUGUGCAUUGUAAUGAUGAAAAGAAAAAAAUGAAAAAGGAGAUUUCCCUAUUAAAGCAGGAAAUUGAAGAUUGUAAGUAUCCUCUGUCAACUUUAAUAAAAAAAAAUUUAUAUUUUUGGGUGGUCGUCAGAUUAGUGUUGUAGUGGAAAGUGAGUGUGAGUGCAUAUUCUUUUCUUGCUGGAAUUUUACAUCCAUCUUAGAUGUCAAUACUACUUGCAUUCUUUGAACCAUUUGUUCAAAAUCUAUUCUGGCACAUACUGUAUGCUAGUAUACGAAUGUACAGGUAUGCACUAGUGGCAUACUUAAUAUUCAAACAAAUUAAUUUUUAUUUUCUCUAUGACAUUUAAGUGAAAUCAAGUACAGCUGGCACAGCAAAACCUAAUUCGUAUACAGUUCUGACCCCAUCAGGCCCAAUGGAUGCCAAUGAGGCAUCCCGACGAGGGGUAAGUAAGAAGCUUCAAACAUGAACCAACUCCAUUCACAAGUAGUUUCAUCAUCACGAUGUGGAAAUGAUUGAUAGUUUCUUUUUUCUUGGGGUUGCAUUAGCAGUAAGUUAUUAAGAAGUAUUUACUGUCACUCACUGAAAAUGAAGCAAAAGAACAGUCUUGAAAAAUACUCGAAAGUGUGAUGACACAUUCUAACCAAUUCAUUAAGCAUGACAUGUACUCUCCUACUACACUGUCCUACUCUGACAUCAGGAGGGUUGAUAGGCAAUCAGAUUUGAGAAUCUUGUUUUUGUGAUGAUUAUUAGAGUUAUAAUGUAUGUGUGCACAACGUACUUGUGUUGUGCAAGUCACAUUUGAACAAUAAUUUUUUAGGCUACUGUAAAAUUCCGAAAAUAAGCCCUGGGGCUUAUAUUUUUCACAGGCCCUUUUUGAGGGGCUUAUAUUUGCAGGGGCUUAUGUACAGAAGGAAAUUUGCAUUUCACAAUCGAUUGGGCUAGCCUCAUAGUUGGAAGUAAAUUUACCAUUUUUGCUUUGUUUUACAAUUUUCCAAGUACAAGCCCCUGGGGGGGGUGGGGGGCUUUUAUUUUAUUUGGAGGGGUGAUUUAAUGGAGGGUGUGUUACGAGUUUGGGAGGCUUAUAUUUUAGAGGGGCUUAUUUUCAGAAUUUUACGUUAUCUUAUCAAAAAUACAUUGUACUGCUCAGGGUUCUCAAUAGAAGGCGGCACCCGGCGAUUGAUCGCCGCUUACUUUGGGAUUUAUAGCCACUUACUUUGUGUUUAGGUCGCUUUUCUUUGCUUUGUUUUGACACCUCUGGCUUUGCUGAAGAGCCUCCUACUUUAUCAGUGAUCACCUCCUACUUAAAAAUCUGUUGAGAACCCUAACUGCUGAAUUUAUUUGGUUUUGACAAACUUAGACUUAAAUUGCUGUGAACUUCUAUUUGUUCUUAACACAAUUUUUGUAGCCAGGAGUAUGAAUUGUAUUAUAAUUAUUGAUAAUGAUAAAGAAAAUCUAUACUGAUCCUAAAACUUGCAAAAAUUGGAAACAACUGAUUAAAACAUUUUUGUCUAGGUAAAGCUAAUAUGUACUGUGUAUGAUAGGAAAUUGUGUUCUUUUUUGUUUCAGUUCGCUGAAAUUGCCGAGGGGGUAUGGUGCUGUGCCAUAAAGGUGAAAGCACUGAUUAAUUCAGUCCUUUCUCGGACAGCGCUGGCCUGCGCAAUGCUGACUAUUUUUUACCCAAGAGAUGAUUUGUCAGGGAAACGUUUAUCAGAACUUGACCGCAGGAUUGUUAAUGCAAUUGCAGGUAAAGUUGCAAGUGGCAUUAGAAUUUGUAAACUGCCUUUUCAAAAAGACCUUUAUAGUUUUGACACUUACAAAUACAAUCCACGGCUUUGUAAGUUCAUGUGACAGAAUUUUGCGUAUUUUCUCUGUGAGGGGUGUUGGGUAUCGGUUGUUAUUUUACUGAUCAUCAUUAGACAGCCUGAGAAAACAGCCACUACCCAGAUCUGGGCAAUGCACUUCCUAGAUCUGGGUAGUGAUGUGUCACCAGUAUGGAAUUUCUGCACCCAUUUCUCAGACUUCAUUUCGCGGGGAAACCAGUGGUGGCAUCGUGGAAUGUCGACUGUUUUCUUAGGCCAGUCAUUAGAGAAUGAAAACAAACUGGGGAGAAACAAUUUGAUUGUUGAUCUGAACGGGUAAUCUCUUUAUAAGAAUUCAGAUGAUUGAUAGUGUUAUCUGAUAAAGUGAGCAACCAGGCCCCUUGUCUUUUUUUUUUAUUAUUUAUUUUUACGAAUUCAUGUAAUCUCUUUAUUUUCAUGUUUUUUUUCCCAAGAAUUUGCAGUUGUCGCGAAAGUAACAGAGAGGGAGCCAAAACCUCCUAAGGAGGGAGAAGUUCCUAAACAGAAGAAAACUGUCACAAAGAGAGAUGUGAUGCAGGCAUUGCGCCAAAAAUGCAACCAACUGAUUUUUCAGACAAAUAGGCCCAGUUAUCACAAGGGUAAUUAA